AUGAGGCCUCGAAGAGUUUCCAAAGCCAUCCAGGUUGGCGAUGUCACCGUAGGAGGCAAUGCGCCCAUUACGGUCCAGUCCAUGACCAAGACGGACACCCGGGACGUGAAGGCCACGGUGCGCCAGAUUAAGGAGCUGGAGGAGGUGGGGUGUGACAUCAUACGGCCUGCCGUCCCGGAUAUGGAGGCAGCCCAUGCCCUGCGAGAGAUAGUGAAGCAGGUCAAGAUACCGGUCAUCGCCGAUAUCCACUUUCACUACCAGCUUGCUUUGGAGUCUAUCGCGGCGGGCGUUGACGGACUUCGCCUGAAUCCCGGCAACAUCCGGGACAGGGAGAAGGUGGAGAUGGUUGUGCGCGCCGCCAAAGAGAGGCAGAUUCCCAUACGCAUUGGGGUCAACUUUGGCAGCCUCCCCCCGGUUGGACAGAUAGGGAAGUUCCGCGGGCUGCACAGGCACGCGGACGGCGUGAACAAGCUGGCAAAGGCGGGAGAGGCCGGCGAGGGUGAGUUCUCCGUCGUGGACCACAUGGUGGCCACAGCACUCUGGGAGAUAAGCGUCCUGGAAGACCUGGACUUUGACCUAAUCAAGAUAUCCCUCAAAGCCUUUGACGUGCCCACCACGGUGGAGGCGUACCGCAGGCUGGCCUACAUGGUUCCGUAUCCCCUGCACCUGGGCAUCACCGAGGCCGGGACCGCCAUGGCGGGAUCGAUUCGCAGCUCCGUGGGCUUGGGCUACCUGCUGUACGAGGGCAUCGGUGACACCAUUCGGGUGUCGCUGAGCGCGGACUCCAAAGAGGAGAUAGCGGCCGGGUACGAGAUCCUGAAGUCCCUGAAUUUGAGGGAGAAGGGCACGACCCUUGUGGCCUGUCCCUCCUGCGGCCGCGCCGACGUGGACGUCAUCAAGCUGGCCAACACGGUUGACGACCUGCUGAAGGCCAAGAACUACAACGUGAAGGUGGCCGUGAUGGGCUGCGAGGUGAACGGCCCGGGCGAGGCCAAGGACGCCGACGUGGGCAUAGCCGCCGGCGUAGGCCGCGCCAUCAUCUUCCGCAAGGGGCAAAAGUCCCGUGUGGUGGAGGAGUCGGAGAUGCUGUCCGCGCUUAUGGAGGAGGUGGAGAUGGUGGUUGCGGGACAGGAGGCGUAG